AUGGCUUUAGCAAAUGUACUUGGAUUCAGUUCAAACGAUGCUUUUAAUCGAUCAUUACAAUGUGCAAAAACUGACAAUGAAAUUGACGAUUUUUGCCCGAAAUUGAACAUUGAAAAUAUUGCUCAAUUCAUUACUUUACCACCCUAUGCAGACCCAGCAAAAUAUUUGAAAUUGGUCAACGACAAAGUCGAUCGAGUUCGUAUUCAAUUUCUCAAAGGAACAACAACAUUAGCAUUUAAAUUCCGUAACGGUGUCAUCGUUGCUGUCGACAGUCGUGCGACCGCUGGCGGUUUCAUUGCAUCGGGUGAAGUGAAAAAGGUUAUUGAAAUCAAUCCUUAUUUAUUGGGUACAAUGGCUGGUGGUGCAGCUGAUUGCGCUUUUUGGGAACGCGUACUCGCUCGUCAUUGCCGGAUCUAUGAGCUCCGCAACAAAGAGAAAAUUUCUGUUGCCGCUGCCUCGAAAAUCCUUGCUAAUAUGAUCUUUGAAUAUCGUGGCAUGGGCUUGUCAAUGGGAACCAUGAUCGUCGGUUGGGAUAAACGCGGUCCCGGUCUUUACAUGGUCUCGGAUGAUGGUGAACGUAUCAGCGAUAAUUUAUUCUCAGUUGGCAGCGGUUCUAUAUAUGCUUAUAGUAUUCUUGAUGCUGGUUACAAGUAUGAAAUGAGUACAGCAGAUGCUAUUGAUCUCGGUCGUCGUGCUAUUGUUCACGCUGCUCACCGUGAUGCUGCAUCAGGAAACAUCGUUCGAAUUUAUCAUAUGAAAGAAACUGGUUGGGAAAAAAUCGAAGAAAAAGAUACCAACGAUUACAUGUAUCAAUAUCGCGAAGACAAAACCAUGAAUUUUUAA